UUCGUUUUUCACUCACCUGCUCUUUAUCUUGUCGGCGACGAAAGGAUGAGCGAUGUGUACGACCCGGAGCUGGAUCUGCUGGGGGACGACGCCCAACAGGACGCGUCUGCAGGGCCGGCACACGCGUUCAGGACCGCCCCCGUGUUCACCGGCGACGCCGCCGGUUUGUUAGGCUCUGAUGUUCUGCCGCAGCGCGCUCUGUACGGACGUGUUCUGAGUCAGAAGGCCCCAGGCUUUCCCGCGACUCCAGUGUCACCCAAGUUGUACACCAACACCAAUGCGCCUUUCAGCGCGCUCGUGUGUGGUUUGCAGGGGUCUGGGAAAAGUCAUUCUACUUCGGUAUUCUUGGAGGGCUGCCUGAUCACCGAUCCGAGACUGGGCACUCUGCCCGAACCACUCAGUGCUCUGGUCUUCCACUACGACACUGCCGCAGGCGGCGGUGCUGUUCAGCCGUGCGAAGCAGCCUACCUUUCUUGCCUGGAUGCAACCCGGGGCGGCCAGGCCACGCCUCCGGAGGUGAUCGUGCUUGUCCUCCCCGCCAAUCUACAAGCGAUGAAACAGGUGUAUGCAGGUCUACCGGCUGUGCGGGUUGAACCAUUGCGCUUCUCAGCCGAGGAUAUCAGUGGCGAACGACUGCUGGCUAUGAUGAAGGUUGACGAGAACACUCAAAUGCCGCUCUACAUGGAAGCGAUCAUGUCCAUCCUGCGCUCCAUGGAGAAUAAGUUCAACUACAACGACUUUAGGUCGCAGCUAAAGCAACAGAAACUCAAUCCUUCGCAGAAGGCAAUGCUUAAUCUGCGAUUGUCGCUACUUGACUCCUGCCUGGAGGGCGGUAACAAGGUCAACAGAGUAGCGACUCAUUUCCGCAAGGGACAGUUGACUAUUGUGGAUCUUUCUUCGCCGUUUAUGGAUGCAUCUUCAGCAUGCGGAUUCUUUGACCUCAUUCUUGGCUUAUUUGUCGAGGCGGACGUAAAUGCAGCCGGUAAACUCGUAGUGCUCGACGAAGCACACAAGUACCUUUCCGACACUCAAACCGGGACAUCCGCUCGCCUGACGGAGUCCCUCCUAUCUGUCAUCCGCCAGCAGAGGCACUUGGCAACCCGAGUGGUGAUCUCUACUCAAGAGCCGACAGUCGUGCCGUCCAAAUUCCUCGACCUGUGUUCAUUCAUCAUCGCCCACCGGUUCUCUUCCCCAAAAUGGCUGCGGCUCUUGACGGACCACAUCUCGAUAGCCGGCGAAGGCUUCGACGAGCUCUUCUCCAAGAUAGUCUCGCUCCGCACAGGUCAAGCCAUCAUGUUCGCGCCGAACGGUCUCGGUGCGCGCGGUGUUGUCGACGGCACCAGCUCGAGGUCUGAUACCGGCGACUCUGGCAUCAGCCUCUCCGAGGACAUGGGGACAGUCAUGCCGUUCGGCCAGGGCUACCUCCUCGUGCAGUCGCGCCUGCGUGUCACGCGUGACGGCGGACACUCCAUCCUGGCCGUGCCCGACCCUGCGAGCACGACCCGCGUCCAGCGCAGUGCGAAGGCUGCCGAGGAUACCGUGCCGGACGAAGCCGUCUGGGGCGCCCCCUCUAGUUCUGUGGCGGACUGGUCUGUGCCAGAACCUGCUGCUCCAAGCGCUGCUCCCGCGAUGGCGUCGGGCUGGAAGGCCUCAGGAUCGUCAGCCAGACAAGCUUCCACGAGCUGGGUCCCUCCGACUGCACAGUAUCGGCAGUCCGGCAGCCGAGGUCGCGGGCGCAAAUCCCAAUGGGCAAAAAGCCCUCGUCCUGCAGCAGCUCCGCAGCCUGCUCGUGCUUCUGCGCAAGCUUCAAAUACCUCGGGCUGGUCAGGUGGAUGGGGAACAUCCAACACUACCAGUAGCUGGGGAGCACCUGCAUCCAACACUGCUAACGGCUGGGGGGAACCUGCAGUGGAUGAUGCAUGGGGCGUGGAUCCCGCAGCGUCCGCCGAACCCGAGAAGGCAGACGGCUGGAGCACCGCGGCAGACGACGGAGGACGGGGUACGGAGCCUGCGCCGCCUGCUAAUGAAAAGAGCAAGUUCGCGCCUCUAAUCGAGUAUCUCUCCGAUAAAAAAAAGAUGGGCUUGACUGGCGUCACCGUCUCGUCCAUCGAAGACUGGUUCGGAGCCGACAUCAUCUCGGAGGCGGUCUCCAAAGACCUGGUGCAACGCGUUGCGACUGCCAAGAAGCCCAAAAUCACGCUCGCGCCGGGCGUCCAGCCGUCUGACUUUACGUCAUAGACUUGAAAUGUGUAUAUUACUGCUCUCCAACGAGCGCGACCCACUAAUCGUAUGUACAGCUGCAUGCGGACUACAUGUACAUUUUGACCGACAUGUUUCGGCAAGCGUCCAGUGUGAAUUCCAGAGAGAGAUGAUGACGAUGAAUGGAGGGAAUGCAUGAGGGUAUGUUUACAAUGAAACAAUGUGGAUGAAGAUGAGAUGAGCCGAUGGCUGAGGGAACAGUCAAAAGCUCAAUUAAGACCUGCUUGAUUAUUAUCCCGAGAGAUUUAAGACGAUUAUUGGAGGAGACGAUUGCGAUAAGACUCUAGCGUGACGUCGUUAAAGGGCGUGCAGGGUCGUAGGCUUGUGUCAACGCAUGAGGUCAGUCCUCUCCUUUUGCGCGCGUUGGAGAGUGGUGAUCAUGCGCUUGCAGGUGACGGAGGCACCAGUACGGACGUCGCCAACGGCGACCGGCCACGCUCGGCCGGCACGCUUGCACUGCAAGCCGAGCCAGAGCGAGCGCGUGACGCACAGCGCUCGCGGUGGCGCAGGAUGAGCGACGCGACGAGGUUCGACAUCGCGAGCACAGGCGCGCCGGUGGGAGGCGGUGUGGGCGGCGGCGUAGGAAGCGCGUUUGCAUGCGUGCUGGCUGGCAGCGGGCGGCCGCAAAAGUCGUCCUUCGCGAGCGCGGUACUCGGUGGUAUCGAAAUCGGCGCUGCAAAGCAUACAGGAGAGGUUGGGGAAGGAGGAGGGGUAGGCAAUUCGCAGAGACCGUCGAUAGCCAUGGGCUCGGACUGGAAGAUGUGCUCGACACGUUCGGGGCUGAGUGCCAAGGGGUCGUCGACGGCAGGUGGUGGCAGCGGAGACAAUGGGGAAAGGAAGGGAACGGGUUUUAAGCCUUGGUCAACGAGGCUCCUCCAGAGCCGUUCUACAAGCAUGCGGUCCUGAGACCGGAGAAUAAGCUCGUCUUCGGGUGCGUCCACAGCGCACUGAAUUAACGUAUACGACGUAAGCGAGCGCAGGUGCGAUGCAAUGCUCCGAUGAAGUGUCGCAGUAAACUGCAAGUCUGCAGCCUGACGUUUGCUCGCUCUUUUCGACUUUUUUCUCGACGGUGGGAUGGUAGGCGUACUCGGGAGCUUGGGCCGCUUGUUUGCCAGCUUACGCUUUCGCACCGGUGCUCCGUUCUGCAUGGUAUUAUGUCCCUCUUCUAGCUCCUGCGACAUCGCAUGACCGUCCCUGUGAACGAAAGAUGCAGCAAGGCAUGACCGCGGGUGCCUACGAGCGAUAUCGAGGUGCCAGUCUUCGGCGGGCGACAAAGAUUGGGUCUCAUUCUCCAUUUCGGCAUUUUCGUGCAAAACAUUCGCUCCCAGGCAUUGGAGCGGUGCAGAAGGGAAAGGUAUGAAGCUCUGCGGUGUUGCGUCGCGCCCGACGUUGGUACUGGAGAGUGAAACCGUCGGCGCAGCCUUGUGCGACAAGGAGAGUCUGGGAUGCUUAAGCCGAGUUGCAGGAAGAGAAGAACCGCCAAAUUUGACGGAGUACAUCCUAGAAAGCGACCUGCGCGAGAAGAAGUCGGUCCAGAGCACUCACUCGUCGUGGAAGACGAUGAAGACGAACAAAGCAAGC